AGGGGGGGGGGGGGGGGACAGGACGGCAGCAACAAACCUCCCACAUUUUCCAAUCUGGAGCACCAGGCCUUGAUAUCAUCUCACUGUUAGAGAUGCAGAUAUGAGCCCGGAGGAGGAGCCCGAGUAUCGGACACCGCCCACCUGCGAGCUGCUCGGCCUUCUGCUGAAGAACAGACGCCCCACUGGAGCCGUCAACGAGUGCCCCGAUCUCUACAUCGAAAUCGCGGCGACGGCUCAGGAUAAAUCCCUGCUCGCGGGUCUGGGCGUAACGCACGUGGUGAAUGCCGCAGACGGCCCCCGGCGCAUCAGCACCGGGCCCCGUUUCUACGAGGGCACCGGCAUACGGUAUCACGGAGUGGAAGCAGCGGACUGUAGAGAUUUUGACCUGAGCCCGUUCUUCACUGAGACGGCCGACUUCAUUCACGCCGCCCUCGAGCAGAAAGGCAAGGUGCUGGUCCACUGUGCACGAGGAAUCAGCCGCUCGGCGACUCUGGCACUGGCCUUCCUCAUGAUCAGAGAGAGACUCACCCUCGUGGAAGCUGUGGAGGCUGUUCGCAGGCACAGGAACGUUCUCCCAAAUGUUGGAUUUCUGAAUCAACUCUGUCGCUUGGACUCUUCUUUGGCCCUGCAGAGGAAAACACCAAAACGUCAAGAAUUGGAGGAACGUAGAAAAGGGGGAAUCUCUCCAUAAGGAUUUAUUUCAUUACCUUUGACGUGUUAUUUACAGUACAGCUAAACAUGGCUGCUAGAUUUCUUUAAAUGUUUCCACCUUCAAGCCAUUCGUGUUUUCCAAUAAUAAAAAUCAGUAAGCACA